CCGGCCGCGAGCACAGGCCUCCGCCUUCCGCUGCCGACCUGCGUAUCCGCUUCCGCCACCUCUUCACGCCCUUCCCGCCGCUGCCGAGGGACCGCAGGCACCUCCACUCUCCGCUGCCUUCUUCGAGCCCUCGUGCCCCUUGUCUCUCCCACCCGGUGGCGGUGCGGACAGGGACGGCGCUUUUCGCGUUUCGCUCGACAUAGGAGGAACUCGCCAAUUUCAAAAUGUCAUCAGUCAAACGCCUUGUCUAUGCCGUCAUCCAUUUCCUGAGAGAGCAGAGUCAGAUGGAUACUUUCACUCCAGAUGAACAAGAAAGCUUGGAAGUUGCAAUUCAGUGUUUGGAGACUGUGUUUAAGAUUAACCUGGAAGAUACUCAUCUUGCACCUCCACAGCAUUUGAUAGAAAUUUUCACAAAUUCUUUUCAUAAGAAUGACAUGCUGUGUCUCUCGGAUUCUUUACCAGAGGAUGUUGAAAAGGCUGAUCAGCUGAAGGAUGAAGGUAAUAAUCAUAUGAAAGAAGAAAAUUAUGGUGCUGCAGUCGAUUGUUAUACUAGGGCUAUAGAACUGGAUCCAAAAAAUGCAGUCUAUUAUUGCAACAGGGCUGCUGCUCAAAGUAAGCUCAACAACUACACUGAAGCAAUAAAAGAUUGUGAGAGUGCCAUAGCAAUAGAUCCAAAGUACAGCAAAGCAUAUGGCAGAAUGGGGUUGGCUCUGACCUCAGUGAAUAAAUAUGAAGAAGCAGUUACCAGUUAUCAAAAAGCACUGGAUCUUGAUCCAGAGAAUGACUCUUACAAAUCAAAUUUGAAAAUAGCAGAACAGAAACUAAGAGACAUGUCCAGUCCUACUGGAACUGGACUGAGUUUUGACAUGGCAAGCUUGAUAAACAAUCCUGCAUUCAUUAGUAUGGCAGCAAGCUUAAUGCAGAAUCCUCAAGUUCAACAACUGAUGUCAGGGAUGAUGUCCAACGCCAUUGGUGGCCCUGCUGCAGGUGUUGGUGGCCUGUCAGAUUUGUCCAGCCUGAUCCAUGCGGGGCAGCAGUUUGCACAACAGAUACAGCAGCAGAAUCCAGAGCUCAUAGAGCAACUGAGAAAUCACGUCCGGAGCAGAUCUUUCAGUGGCAGCACUGAAGAGCAUUCCUGACUUAAAGGAGGCAUGUGAAUUGGAAUGGUAUAUAGCCCCAAAAUGCGUACCAUAGUUAGUAGAAAAAGCACCGUUGUAACUCUUGUGCUUGAAUAGAAGACAGAAAAUUCUUUGUGCGUAUUUGCAAACAAGAAUAAAUCUGUUAAACAGA